UCAGGCCCUCUGUAUGUGAUAGUGGAGUAUGCCUCGAAAGGGAACCUGAGGGAGAACCUACGCGCCCGCAGGCCCCCUGGCAUGGAGUACUCCUACGAUAUUAACCGCUGCUCAGAUGAACAGCUCGCCUUCAAGGACCUGGUCUCCUGUACCUACCAGGUGGCACGGGGCAUGGAAUAUCUGGCCUCGCAGAAGUGUAUACAUAGAGAUCUAGCAGCGAGGAACGUCCUGGUCACAGAGAGCAACUUUAUGAAGAUUGCAGACUUUGGCCUGGCCAGGGAUGUCCACAACAUUGAUUACUAUAAAAAGACAACUAACGUGAGUAAUUGGGGGGGCACAUGCUAUGCUGUGUGUAAAUUAGUGUUCUGUAGUGUUGUGAGGGGGUGUAUGUGA